AUGACAGCGACCUUACAUCGCGAGACCUACUUUUCAUUUUGGAACAAGUUUUCCAACAAUGCUGAUGUCAACACAAUGAUGUUGAACAACAAUGCUGAACAAAUCGAGUCGUAUGAUCGUGCUGACAUCAUCCAAAACCUGCCAGACUUCACUGGAAUGAAUGUUGUUGAUGUGGCUGCUGGCAUUGGGUAAGAAAUGUUAUUCUCUUGUAGAUAUUAAGUAGAGCUUUUGUAUAACGAAGCUUGAAGAUGGUUCUAAAUUUGUUUGUUAUAAAGGAGUUUUGCCAUCGAGGAGUUUUAAAUGCAUUAUGUAGUGUUAGACAGGGAUUCGAAAGUCCAAAUAAAGAUACAGUACCCCCAAAAUAAUAUUUUUUCCUAGAGAUUGAUUUGAUAACGUUUUAUUACCCAAAAAAAGUAAUGUAAACACUUUUGGCUGAUAGUUGACUUUUGGUCUUCGAAUUUAACUAAACGUUUUCAAUGAUAAGAUCUCGUGGGAUGGGGGGGGGGAGGUUGACUUCUGAAUUAUUUAUGACCGUUAUUAAUAUUAACCAUAUUAGCAUUAUUUUUUAAUGAAAAAGAUUGUAUAGUCACUUUAAUAUCAAUUUAGUAGCAAAAAUGUAAAAAAGCAUUCCGGACAUUUAUUAUCGUAUAACAUGGUACUCACAGCCUGCAAAAGCAAAAAAAAAUUAUUUAGGCAUGAAAACUAUGCAAAAUAAUCGUUUUUAAUUAUAAUAUCCAAAAUUAGACUGUUCUUUAAGUAUUUUAAAACCAGUUUUUCACUUUAUUAAACUUUUCUAAAUUUCAAAAAUUUUAAUUUUUUUGAUUUUAAAACUAAAAUUUUUUAAAAUCUUAGCCUUAACUUUAAACUUUAUCAUUAGCCUUAUUAUUAUAGUAUUGUUUUAUCAAAACCCAACUUUCAGUCGAUUCACGACCGUUUUUGCCCAACGAGCGAAACACGUGGUCUCUUCCGACUUCAUCGACUCUUUCAUCGAAAAGAAUAAGGAACGCAACGCCAGCUUCGACAACAUCACCUACCAAGUGAGCGAUGCCUUAGGCUUGGAGGUGGAAGACCAAUCCACUGACUUGGUCUUCACCAAUUGGCUGUUGAUGUACUUGAACGAACAGGAAUGUGUUCAGUUCCUGAUGAAGACUAUGGAAUGGCUGAAGCCUGGAGGAUAUUUGCAUGUUCGAGAGAGUUGUACCGAGCCAUCGACCGGUAAAUCGAAGAAUGGGAGUAUGCACAAUGAUAAGAAGGCUAAUCCAACUCAUUAUCGUUAUUCGAAUGUGUACUUGCAGUUGUUGAAGGAGCUGAGAUGGAGUGAUGAGAAAGGCAUGAAGUGGCGAUUCAACGUGCUUUGGGCCAGAUCUGUGCCUACUUAUGUUGAGGUAAACAGUUUUUUCUUUGUCCUCGUGUUUCCAAGCGUUUUCCACGCCUUGUCCUACUUAUUUCUAAUGAUAAGUAUUAUUAAAAAUGUUAUUUAUGAUUCAUUUUCAAAACUUAUCUUUAAAAAACUCUAAUUUUUUAAGAAAAACGAUCUUCUUGGUACCACAAAGACCUAAGAAAUGCCAUUGUCUCUUAAAAAAACCUUUGAUAAAGCACUUUAUUUAAACAAAAAUUUUAAAAACUGAAAAAGUAUAUUAAUUUUUACACAAAACUUUCAAAAAAGUACGUGAGAAAGGGCUAAAUGCUGAUAAAUUCAAUGAAAACGUCAUUGAAUCACAAGAAUCAAUGAGAAAAACUGCAAAAAAUGAACUGAAACGUUCGAAAAUAGCAAUAAAUUAACUUUGUAAAGUGGAAUAUACUUUGUGAUCAUUAAACUUUAAAACUUUGUUUAAUUGUAACUAACAUAACAAUGGUACAAACUACAGAUGUUAGGAAAAAAAAGAAGAUUUUUACAUUUUUGAAAAAUUUUUAUUAUAAUUUUUUUUAAAUUGAAAAAAAAUUUUUAAGUUUAUGUUAACACAUCAGAUGGCACAAGAAUUCUAUUUUUAUAAAAAAGGCUAGUGAAUAAAGCUUUUACUCGGAAACGUUUCAUCGUAUAAAAUGACUCUUGCAGGCUGCGAAACAAGAAAAAACAUGUUUUUUCGGGAAAUUAAUAAAGAAAACCGUAAAAAACACUUUUUAAAAUUUUUUUUUAUUUCAAAAAAUUUUAAAUUUAAAAAAUUUCAGCGAGUGUUCAACUGGCGUCAAGUCCACUGGCUUUGUGUGAAGGUGCCAGCUCAAGAUGGUGGGAUAAGCAACGAGAGAGCUUUGAUCAGCGCUAUGGGAAGAUGGAAGACUAUUCAAGAUCACACCGAGUUCCUCCUGAAUGAUAAGGAAUCAAUGACUACUGAAGUCAUUCAGAAUGCCAUUGAUAAGAUUGAAAGUGGCAAUAAGAAGUUGCCAUUGUAUGUGUAUUCACCACGCGUCGUAUCUCCGUUUGUGUUUGUAGAUUCUCACAAAAUUGCUGAGGUAUGUUGAUUUAGGUAUCGUUGUUAGGGUAGAGUAGAGUAGGGUAGAUAUAUAGUAUAAAACAGAAGCAAAAGUCUUGUCGCUAUUUAGCACUGAAAUUCACACUAAAAAACGACAAAACUUGUUGUUAUAUUUCAACAGACACAAGUGUAAACCUACCUACUUUAGAUGACAAACCUGAGUGUCUGGGGAGUAGAAACCAAUCCUCAUUUCUAUCGUCACAUGCUGAACCGUUGUGUGCAACAAAAGGACCGUCGUGUUCAGUACGGAUGGAACACUGAUCUUCAGAGCUCAAUCAAUGAUUGGUCAAUCAAAAAAGCUCUGUUUGGAGGUGUCAUUGCUACUGAAUUGAUCAUGGACAGCUCUGAUAAUAGCCUUAUGGCUUUGAAGGUAAUAAAUUAUGAUUUUUAAAAAAUUUUUAAAUUUUUGUUUUUUUUAGGUAAUAAAUCUUAAAACUUUUUGUUUCUAAAACGCCUUAGGCAGUUUUUUUUUAAAUUUUCUAAGUAAAAUACAGCUUAUUUUUGAACUUUUCAGGACAUUUUGGACGAAAGUGCCAGUGUUUUGACUAUUGAACCAGCCAUUUCAUUGGAAGACUUCAAGGAGAAUGUUGUGGUAAGUCUAUCUAUAUCUGUCUCAUUAUUAAUGUAAAUUUACAAAAAGUAAUUUUACAGAAUGAUGCAAGCCUUAGGCAAGGCUAAGGAAAAAGCUCAAGCUCUUGCUAGAGCAAAAGCUGAGCUAAAACUAAUGAUAAGGCCAAAGCCAAGGCUAAACACACUGUUCAAGCCAAGACUAAAGCUAGUUUUAAGCCAACGCAAUCAGCAGGAGUAGGAUAAAGUAUAAUAACUAACAAUAAGAUAUAUUAUAUAUUAACCUUUAACCAGAAAAAAUUUUUCAGCCCACCCUCCCAGCCAACAUGCAGAUCGUCUCCAUAACCGACGUCUCCCACGAAGUCGUAUGUAGAGAGCAGAAGCAGGCGUUCGAUUCGCCUAACCAGCCAUGUUGGUUGCUUGUACACGCCCGUCUUCAUUAA